AUGCUUCUGCAUUCUGUUCUAUUCCUUCUCUUGUUGGCAUUGUCCGCUUCUAAUAAUGUCAACACAACCAGAACCCCUACAACCAUCAUGAAAGGAUCCCAAAUCACCAGGCCCGGCUGCCAGAGCAAAUGUGGAAAUCUAACUGUUCCAUUCCCAUUUGGAAUUGGCUUAGGGACAGGUUGUUCUAUAGAUCCAUCUCUUGACAUCAACUGCAAUACUUCUUUCAAUCCUCCCAAGCCUUUCAUUUAUGACGGAAACCUUGAGGUUACAGAUAUAUCAGAUUCUCAUGUGCGCAUCAAGAAUUGGGUGGCUGCCAGUUGCUAUAACCAACGUGGCAACUAUACAGGGGGAAACCCUGUGGCGAUCCGUUUAAUGCCACAUCUUAGCUUUUCUGAAAUGAAUAAGUUCACAGUCAUGGGAUGCGAUGAUUUGGCAUUAAUAGCAGGAUCAGAAGGGCGUAUCUUCACCAGUGGAUGUGUUUCCCUCUGUUCGUCAAAGGAAAGUAUCCUUGAUGGGUAUUGUUCGGGUAUUGGUUGCUGCCAGACCUCCAUUCCUAAGGGCCUACGGAGUUUUGUUACAUCCAACAGUAAAUGCAGUGAUGCGGAUAAUGGUCUUAGAGGAUACCGCUGCAGCUGCUUCCCUGGAUAUGAGGGCAAUCCGUAUCUUGAUCCAGGCUGCACAGACAUAAACGAAUGCAAGAAUAAUCCAUGCGAUCCACAAGGAAUUUGCACUAAUACUCCAGGUAGUUAUAACUGCUCUUGCCCGAGGGGAUACCUUGGGGAUGGAAGAAAAGAUGGCCGUGGCUGCAAUUCCCAGAUUUCACAAUUCCCAGUGAUCAAGUUCUCUUUAGGUCUUGGUUUUGGCUUCUUGACCUUGAUAAUUGGUAUUACUUGGACAGAGGACUCUGACCUAUAUCAAUUGUCGAUAAAUCCUGAGUUUGUUAUUGGGGAGUUCUCGGAAGGAUAUAGUAUGGACAGCUGCCUGUUACAUGCGAUCAACCCUCCUCGCUAA